AUGGAUCCCCUGUUCGAUGGUUCUAAACAUUCUAAACUAUUCUACACUCCUGAAUCAUUCGCGACGGAUGUUACUUGUAAUAAUUGCUUCGUACGGAUUCACGGAGUUUGUAACGGGUUGAUAUGUUUGUCCUGUGACUGCUACUCGAAUCCUGGACAGAACAUUUAUCUCUGGAAUCCAAUUUGUAGAAAAUUCAAAAGGCUUCCGCAACUUGGACCCUCAAUGGAGAAUGAUUCUUUUUUUCAUCUGAAUGCUGGUGUGAGUUUUGGAUGUGAUGGCGACGAUUAUAAGGUGAUAGUAAUUGCUCAGGUAGACGAAUCAUACGUAGUUUCUGUUUAUAGCUUGACUACUAAUAGCUGGAAAUAUAUAAAGACUAGUUUUUAUUCUCAAGCAGCAAGCGAUGAGUCUUUCUUCCGAGACACCAAGUUUGUAGAUGGCACCGCUUAUAUGACGACAUCUAGCCGGGUAGUUGUUUGUUUUGAGUUGAUCAAUGAGACCAUUCGAGUCAUCGAGUUUCCAAAAGAAUUUUCUGAAAAUACUGGUGUCACUAUGGAAGCAUACGGAGAAACAAUAGCCCUUCUAAGACAUGAAAAGAGCUACCUAACUUUGUGGAUAUUACGUAAUAAGUCAUCCUGGGAAAAGAAGUUGAGUAUUGAAUUGCAAGAAGCUAGUCCUUAUCAUCAGGCUGUAGGAUUUUUAAAUAAUGGUAAAUAUAUGGUAAGGACUCUCAGUUUGGUGGGGGAAUUGCGCGUUGUAACCAAGUUAUAUACGUGCGACCUGGAAAUGGAAUGUCCAAAGUUGACAGAAUUUAGAUCAUAUACCCAACUCAGAUCUCGAAAUAGACUUCCACCAAAAUAUUCAAAUUUCAUGGGCCGCAUACAUUCCAACUACUCGGGGAGUCUUCUUCUAUUCAACGAAGAUAGCGUGGAUCCUUUUGUGCAGACGGAGGAGACAGAGUCUUCCUGCAAUUCUAUGUUGUUUACUUUACAGUGGGAUGUAUAA